AUGGGCUGCGUGAAUUUUGGCGAUAGAAAUUCAGGCUACCAGGUGGGGAUCAAUAAUGGGGUGGUAAACCUCCCGGCGGCCGGAGCUACGGCCAGAGCCUCUGUCGAGACUGUACCGUUCCCGUAUGAUCCAGACUUUGUCAGUAGGGAUGUACUCCUUGAUCAGAUUUACGAAAAAGCCUUGAUUCCAGGGUCUCGAAUAGCCCUCGUCGGUCUUGGUGGUGUUGGGAAAAUACAACUUGCCAUUGAGUAUGCUCAUCUGGUCCGACAGCAGUCGGCAGAAACGUAG